AUGGGACCGAAGAAAGCACGUGGUUGCAAGGCUUGCGGUAAUCAGGUCGACGACACUUUGUACGUGCAGUGCGAUGAAUGUGAUGCGUGGUGGCAUUUCUCGUGUGCCGGUAUAACGGCAUCAGUAGAAGCCGUGGAGAAAUGUGCGUGGUUGUGCGAGGAGUGUGCCAGGAAGACGCUGAGAGAGCAAUCAUCGCCACGCGAGGGCAAUAAGGAGCCCAAGGAAGGAACCUCGAAACACGUGGAUGGGGAUCUCGUUCGUAACCUUAGUUUGGAAGCAGCGACGGAUGGCGGGGCACGCCCGGUUACAAACCCACAGAGGCGGCCGCUUUUAUCGCUCGAUGAGGCCAACGACGAGAUAGCGCCAGGAACAUCGACCCACGUGGCAGGGGGACCCGUACAUGACCUCAACCAGGAUGCUGCGACGGAAGGCGGGGUGCGCCCAGUCAUGACACCAAAGAGGCGGCCGCUUUCAUCGCUCGAUGAGACCGACGGAGGUAAAACGUCUGUCUCUUCGAACCUCGUGCACAGGGGAUCGUGUCCUAACCUCAACCUGGAUGCGGCAAGUGAUGACGUGGCACGUCAACUCGCCGUGCUGAAGCGGCGACAGGAGGUGGAGAAACGGCGCAUGGAACUUGAAUUGCAGCUGAAGUUCGUGCAGGAGGAAGAGGCACUUCUCGGGUUUGGGGAAAAUAAGUCUUCUUCAAUUUCACCACAACUUAACUCUUUUCAGACUGAAAAGAGAAUAGUGAAACGCAGCGAAGAAGAAGAAGAGGAACCAGACCUAACUCUACGACAAGAGGCGGCGCGGCACAUGGUUUCUAAAGAGCUCCCAGUUUUCUCCGGUGAUCUCGCUGAGUGGCCGAUUUUUAUAUCGCACUACGAGUAUACUACCCGGCGAUGUGGAUACUCGAAUUGGGAGAAUAUGCUGCGCCUGCAAAAGUGCCUGAAAGGACCUGCCCUCGAAGCUGUUCGGAGUCGAUUGGUGUUACCGGACGUAGUUCCGCAGGUUAUCGAGAAGCUACGUUCCAAAUAUGGGCGGCCGGUGCACUUAAUUAAAACAUUAAUCGAGAAGGUGCGGAAGAUUCCGGCGCCCCAAACUGACAAGCUGGACAGUUUAGUCGAGUAUGGGGAAGCAGUGCAGUGUAUGGUGGACCAUAUGGUUGCGGCUGGUGAACGUGCGCAUAUCACCAACCCGCUCUUGCUGCAAGAGGUGGUCGGCAAGUUACCGACGGAUCAACAGUUGCGUUGGUCGCAUCACAUCCGCGGAAUGACAUCGGUGGAUCUGUCCACAUUCAGCGACUACAUGGAGGAGUUGGCCGAAGACGCUGCGAGGCUGACGACGAUUGACUCUCCUUCAGUGCGCGGUACCAGCAAGGGAAGGCCUACGAAGGGCUACGUCCACGCACACGUGGAUCCAGAUGGAGCGACAACGUCCAGCGCGGCUGAAAGGCGGUGUGUAUCCUGUAACGCCGCGGGGCAUGUAUUGUCAACAUGCACUAAUUUUCGAGGACUGCCGGUAAAGGAUCGAUGGAGGCGAGCGCGUGAGCUAUCGGUGUGCUUUAGCUGCCUGGAGAAGCACAAUUGGCGAUCGUGCAAAAAUCGCUCUCGUUGUGGAAUCAACGAUUGUGCAUUCCGACAUCAAGCGCUUCUACACGACCCGGAUGCAUCAAUAGAGUCGCCUUCUACUGCAGAUCGAGAACGGCGGCACUUCCCGAGAACCAGUGGAAGUCAGACGCACCAGGUAAUAAAUAAUUAUCAUCAGUCGAAUCCGAUGUCGGCGCUUUUUAGAAUCGUUCCAGUAACAGCGUAUGGACCCGGAGUGAUGAUAAAAACCUUCGCGUUCCUGGACGAAGGUUCGUCAAUGACGCUGAUGGACGAAGACCUGGCAAAGCAGUUAGGGGUGAAGGGAGAUAGACGACCUCUAUGUAUCAAGUGGACAGGUGAUACGACUAGGGUCGAGCCGGCGUCGAUGAUGAUCGAUUUACAGAUCGGACCUGUGACGUCGACAAAAAGGUUCACCCUGAAAGCUGUGCGGACUGUCACCAGCCUUAGCCUCCCACAGCAAACUUUCACGAUGGAUGACGAGAGAUGGGACCAUCUUAAGCAGCUGCCAUUACCGGAGUACCGUGAUGCUCGCCCACAGUUGUUGAUCGGGCUGGACAACCUUCGAUUGGCGGUGCCGCUGAAGACGCGUGAAGGCCUUGCAGGGGAACCGGUUGCCGUAAAGACUCGGCUUAGAUGGUGCGUGUACGGAAAGACGGCCGGAAGCCAAAUCGGAAGGGUGCUGCAUAUGUGCGAGUGUGGAGCAUCGGACGAAAACUCCACCAUCCAGGGGGCCUUACGCAAGUUUUAUGAGUUGGAACAACUCGGGACAGUCUCCAGUGACGUGCCUGAUCCAGAUGAACGAAGAGCACUGACGAUCCUGGAAACAACGACGGUGCGGAUUGGUAAUCGGUUUGAAAGCGGUCUGUUGUGGAAGACAGACAACGUGGAGCUUCCUUCGAGCUUGGGUAUGGCGCGUCGCAGGCUGGAAUGCCUGGAAAGAAGAAUGGAACGUGACCCUAAGCUGAAAACCGUGGUGGACCAUCACAUAGCCGAUAUGAUGGAAAAGGGUUACAUCCACAAGGCGACGUCUGCUGAGCUUGCAGAGUGUAAUUCGAAGCGAAUUUGGUACCUGCCGUUGGGAGUGGUUACCAAUCCGAAGAAGCCAGGGAAGGUGCGCAUCAUCUGGGACGCCGCUGCUAAGGUACAAGGUACGUCCCUAAAUGACAUGUUGCUGAAGGGGCCGGACGAGUUAAUUUCUUUGCCAGGGGUGCUGUUCCGGUUUCGAAUGUACGGGAUAGCGGUGUGCGCUGAUGUCAAGGAAAUGUUCCUGCAAAUACGCAUGCGCGACGAAGACAAGCAUGCACAGCGGUUCCUGUGGCGGGAGGAUCCUGCUGACGAUGUUGCAACGUAUUUCGUGGACGUCGUUACCUUUGGGUCAGCCUGCUCCCCAGCCACCGCACAAUACGUGAAAAACCGGAACGCCAGGGAACAUGCCGAAAAAUACCCUCGUGCCGUACGUGGCAUCUUGACCAGCACGUAUGUCGACGACUAUUUGGAUAGUUUCGGAACACUCGAAGAAGCCAGUCGAGUAUCCAGAGAAGUCAGGGGAAUCUUCUCGAACGGCGGGUUCGUACUCCGGAACUGGGUUUCCAACAAUCCGGUUGUUUUGGAACGGCUGGGCGGCGAAAGCUCCAGUCCCGGUAUGAAGAGUUUGACCUCUACGGCGGAUGAUGGAGAACGGGUGCUCGGAUUGCUGUGGAACCCGAGCUCGGACCAAUUGUCCUUUUACACGCAGGCGUGUGUGGGAAUGGCGGAGAUAUUUGAGACGGAGUGUACCCCUACCAAGCGAGAAGUGCUCAAAUGCGUGAUGUCACUCUUUGAUCCGCUUGGACUGUUGGCAAAUUUUACCAUCCAUGGAAGGAUCUUGAUUCAAGACCUUUGGCGAGCUGGUACCGGUUGGGAUGAGGCCAUCAGUCCCGGUCAAAUGCGAGAUUGGCGUAGAUGGGUGGAUGUUUUUCCUCUGAUAGCCCAGCUUAGGAUUCCGAGGUGCUACUUCCCGGAGGCACGAGAGAAAGUGUACGAGAAUGCGGAGCUACACUUGUUUGUGGAUGCCAGCCAGCUAGCGUACGCAUGCGUUCUGUAUUUACGGGUCGUCGAUUCCGAAGGAGAACCGCAUUGUACCUUGCUAUGCGGAAAGGCAAAGGUUGCCCCUCUGAAGCCUUUGACGAUACCAAAGAUGGAGUUACAAGCCUGCUUGUUAGGUGCACGGCUUCUGAAGUCCACGGAACAGCAUCACCCGAUUCCUGUUAAAAAACGGGUGCUCUGGACGGACAGCACGGUGGCGCUAUCAUGGAUACAUGCCGACCCUAGGAAUUACAGGCCAUUUGUCGCGAAUAGAGUGGCGGAGAUUCAGGAGAACACCAACGUGAAUGAGUGGCGAUGGGUGCCCACUCAGGACAAUCCAGCAGACGAAGCUACCAAAUGCAAAGGUCGUGCGAACUUCAUCUGGGAUGGCGUUUGGUUCCAGGGACCAUCAUUUCUGCUGCAGGAUGAAGAGUCUUGGCCGACGAGAAGACUCGUUUCAACUACUCCGGAGGAAGAAAUACGGCGGGUCAACCUUCACCCAGUGAGACGCUUUGUGGCCAGGAGAGGCGCUCCCGCCGAGGUGUUCAGCGACAACGGGACGAAUUUCGUGGGAGCCAGCCAGCAGCUAAGGAAGGAAAUCGACGAGCGCAACGAUGCCUUAGCUGCGACCUUUACCAACGCAAACACCCGAUGGACAUUCAACCCCCCUGGCGCACCCCAUAUGGGAGGGGUAUGGGAACGUAUGGUGCGAUCGGUGAAGGCUGCUAUGAGUACGAUGACGGAACUACAGCGUACACCCGAUGAUGAGACGCUGCUUACGGUGAUAGUGGAAGCGGAGGGAAUGAUCAACACCCGCCCUCUGACGUACAUCCCGCUGGAAUCGGCGGAUCAGGAGUCUCUUACUCCUAACCACUUCUUGCUGGGCAGUUCAUCGGGAGUGAAGCAGAGACCGGUGGCACCGACUAGCCUUCAGACGGGGUUACGGAGCAACUGGAAAAUGGUGCAACAUAUCCUGGACGGGGUGUUCAUUGCAUUUUUCAACGUGUUCCAUAACUGCUUCAUCCAGGUUGGACGCGACAUACUGUAA